GGAAUACGAAAAAUGACUUCCAAUCACGUGAGGCUAAACUCGGACACGUGGAGGGUAAAGUCGGACACGUAGGAGUGUAAAGUCGGACACUAUUGAGUUUUUUUUUUUAAAUUGCCAAAUAAUGUUUUUAUAUAAAAUGUUUACAAAUCUUACUUAUAUAAUUUACAAAAUGUACAAACAUAUAAUUAACACGUUAUUGAGUAAUAUAUUUAGGUACUUAAGCGACCAUGACAUGUGCUCGUCCUCAGUCGUUCCUCAGAUUUUGCAGGCAUGACAUCGUUCAGAAAAAUUCCAAGGUAUUCAAGUUACACAACUUUAAACGGGGCUGCAGACAAGACGCAACUCAACUUCAUUUUGCAAAUUCAGGUUACACAACUUUAAAUGUGGCUGCAGACAAGACGCAACUCAACUUCAUUUUGCAAAUUCACGGUAAACAAUCAAUCAAUUCAUCAUCAAGCAAUCAAAUCAUCAAUGCAUCAUCAGUCAAUCAAAUCAUCAAUCAAUCAAAUCAUCAAUGCAUCAUCAAUCAAUCAAACAUUUCAGAGACAAAGGUGGCAAAUGAAGCUGGAGUCUGCAUCAAAAAUGACGACAAAGGGUAUGCAACCAGUGUGGAGCCAUUUUUCACACCUCUCACACUGCACCCACUCCAUUCCACCCUCAUCAUCAUGCCACGAGGUCAAGCACACAACGCACUCGUCAUCUACUGUUGAUUU